AUGAUCCUCCCAGGCGCCGUCUUCUACGAGCCGGGCGCUCUGAAGCACGCCAGCACCGCCGUCAUGUACUGUACCGACCGCGUGGUCGCUAAAGGCAAGUUUGUUGAAGCAGCCUACCAACAAGCUUUCAGUCAGGCCGUUUCACGGCACUGGAAUGUACAGAAUGGGGCCGUAUUUCUACCGGAUGAACGGCCCAUUGUUGCCCUGUACGGCACCCCCACGAACCUCACCAUCAAUGGGCAUCGCGGUACAAUACCAUCACCAGGGUCUCAGCUCCUGCACCCCUUCGCUGCACGUCUGCGUUCAGAUCGCGUGUUCGUCAGAGCCCAAGCUUCUGCUGUGCCGCAUACAUACGUCUUCACUCCUCCGUAUCGCGAGAAGGUGCCGUAUAUUGAUGCCUCAAUCUCUACUACGCGCCUUUUGAGCUUGCUAGAUCUCAAUCAGACGAUUAUAGUCAUGGACCUCCAGUCAUUCACCUUCUUGCCGAUGGCGUCCGACGACACCUCGAGCAGUCUCAUACCCAUUGCCGAAGAAUCACAGCUUAACUCGCAAGUAUGGACGGUGUCAGAAUACCUCCAACCCCCAGCGAAGCGACGAAGGGUGGAGUCAUUCCCAUGUCAUGAUUGCGAUACACAUUUCACCACCAGCCGAGCACGAGCGCGGCACAACAAGACGGAACAACACCUUCGGAACAUCGGCGAAAGGCCAGCUGCCAAAUACGCUUGUUCACAUCCUUCAUGCCACAAAGCUUUCAGUAGGCAGCAUGACAGGCAGCGUCACGAGGCUGAGGCGCACGAGGGUAGACGACGCUCGGUCGUAAAGCCCGUGGUUUCUGGGUAUGGCGAGUACACACAGCAGCGACAAGCGCCGAGCUGCGGGACUUCUCUGUGGGAGUACACUUUCGAAGAAGAAUCCGUGACUGUGGAACAUGACGUCUCUCCUUGCAACAGCUGGGACCGUUUAGGCCGGUAUGUCGAGGUUAUGCCAGGGCCAGCAAAUCGGACAAGGACUGAGACAGCUACGCCUCGGCAGAUGACGGGCGAUGCGCAGGUGUCUGGAUAUAAUGAUAGUACGUUCGAUGACUGUACACCGAGCUCCACUCAGGCGACCACGAAAGAGACAAGCACAAACACGGAUAGACAGAGUCAGAGCUGGUUUGACGACGACUCCGAAUCGGAGAGUGCAGCGAUGGUGCCGGUCUCAAAACGUGUUGGACCUUCGCCAUAUCCCAGUCGGCGGCCGAGCCUACCAUUGAAGCGGAGCAGAACACCAGACUCGGUCGCAGACGACUCCGAGGGCACAGGCCACGAGCCAAGGCGGCCUUCAAUCAUGACCUUCGACUAUCGUGAAGACAAGGUUGGCGAGGAUGGCGAAAUUACUGAACCCGAUGCAGAUGACUUGGCUCAGGAGUUUGCGGCAAAACUCGACUUGGCCAACAAGCCCAAAAUGACAGUGCUCCAGAAAGACGGCAUCAUCAAGACUAUACCCGUCCGAUCACCUCUUAUGUGCGUGUUUUGUAACCAGCCUUUUCCGCAGGACGAGCGAGCCUUAAUGCCGCACCUUCGCCAGCACUUGGCACUUUUCCGUGGAGAGCAAGCCAACCAAUGCACCGAAUGCCAAAUCUGGUUUGUGCACAAGAAGGAUUUCGAGCUACACAAGAUCAAUGCCUCGACAAUUGGGCACUGCGGAUAUCAUUUCGAACACAAGACUACCUGUAGCGGCCAUCAUCCUCCAGAGCGUAAUGUGAGCUCGGAUCUCAGCGACCGGGACAAAUUCAUGAUGCGGGAACAGCUUCGACAUUGGGAGCAAAGCCAACUGCACCUCUAUAUGCAAGAGAUAACUCGUCUGACAUCGAAGCGAAGCUCGACUGUCGGCACUUGUUAUUCUGGUGACUUUCUUCGGCGACCUCGAGACUCGUUGUCUAGCUUUGCCAUCAGCGUGAACACGUACGGUAGCGCGCCCUGCGAUAGACCAACAGGAGGCUCUAUGGACGUUGGAGGCUUGCGAAGCCGGCUUGGGCUGAUGUCGAAAGGAUCCAGACAGGUCCGUCGAGCAGCAGCUAAGUUUCUCCGGACCGGAGGUAAUGCAAACAAAGCCUUGUACAAUGCUGCUACAUCUGGCGACUGUCGGCAGAUCGAGCACCUGAUCGAAGAUGGCGCUGACCCGAAUGCAAUUCUUGGCAACCAGAGCAUCUUGUCUGCAGCCGCAAGGUGGGCAGAUGCCAACACCAUCAAAUUACUGCUGGAACUCGGCGCCUCCCUGUCUUUAUCCGAGCGAAAAUGCAUAUCACCGCUCGCAAGUGCAGCGAAUUCGGGCAAGAUUAGCAUUUGCCAACUCCUGCUGGCUGAGGGUGCAGACGUGACCGAAUCUAGUAGCAAGUACGGAUGUGCGUUGGGAGCUGCAGCAGCUAGCGGUAACAUCACGGCUGCGCAACUGCUUCUAAGUCAUGGUGCAGAUGUCCAGCAGACAGGCGGCGAGUUCUACUGCCCUUUGAGCACAGCUUGUGCUCAGGGUAGCGUGAGCAUGGUGAAGUUCCUGCUUGAUGAGUGCAAUGCAAAUGUCAAUCAGAUGGGUGGGUCUGAAGGCUCGCCUCUCGGCUUCGCCGCGUGGCAGGGACCUCCGAAGGUUGUCAGAGUACUACUGGAGCGUGGCGCAAAGGUCGACGCUCCCUCACCGAAGCACGGAAGUCCACUCUGCGCCGCGAUCGCCAAGAUAGCCCGUGGCCUGGGCUCGAUCGAUACGGUACGACUUCUUCUCGAAAAUGGUGCCGACGUCGACCAGAAGAACGGGCCCUUCAAUCCUCUUCGAGUGGCGGCAUCGAAUGCCGAAGUCAGCGGUAUGACGCCCGUCGUGAAACUCCUGAUCGAGCAUGGUGUGGAUGUCCACAGUCUGGGCUCGAGAGGCAGUGCUCUUCAGCUUGCUAAGCAGCGACGACAGAAGUGGAUGGAGAAGAAACCUUUCAUGUCACUGGACACCACUGACGAGAUAGACGACAUUAUUGGGCACUGCUUCGAAGUAACUCGUCUGCUGACGGAAGCUGCGAAGAUCGAAGAAGAACGACGAACGAGUAAUUUGUCCUGGCCGAGCUCUGAGAGCACUGCGGUGUCAAGAUUGUCAUGA